ACAACUGUCACCGCGUCAUGUCAGUCGUCGUGUGUGAGUGAUUCGCGAACGGGAUCCUUAUUUUUAUUAUGAUGUGUGCUUGUAUUCGCGUAAAUUAAUCGGAUUGCUGCAUCAGUAAAAGCAGUGAAAGAACCGCGACGCCUUUAUUAUCACUAUUUAAUCGCAGUGCAAUUAAAAACCCCUUAAAUAAUAUACUUCGGUGCGAUAAACCGCCGCUAUCGAGUUCCGCGCCCUCGCUCGUGAUUCGCCAUUGUUGUUUCUCCAGCCAACUCUUCCCAUACGCCAGCCACCAUCGCGCGGAUCUCGAAUUGUGCGUGUGCCGAAGUUUGUUGUGUCCUCCAGCAUCAGCUGCCGAAAAGUGCAAUUGCAGUUUGUUGGAAAAUGUUUGCAGCUAGUGUUCUUUGGUCUCAGUAAAGGUCAGUGUCGGGGGAAAAAAGCGGUUUCAGUGAUUGUGUUUUGAGGAAAAUUCGACGUUGAUUUCUCAAUCGCCGUCCAGAGUGAAGGAAUGCAUGAUGUGUAUGCCCAAAUCAAGUGCAUCGUCGAUGUCCCUGAAAGUGACCUCCUCCACUUGCGAGGAGAUUGUGUAAUAAGUGUGUGAUCUGUUAGUCAAGCGGAAAUCUAGGAAGUCAGAAUAUGGAGUGGAAUGGAAGUCCGUGUUCAAUUUAGUGCAAUAUCUAGGUAAGCAGGCAAAACACGUAUCCAAAGCUAAUGGGAUUUGACUCCCGCCUUUAUGAUUCUUAUUGGAAUGCAACUAUCUGGUUGUUUGUGUGCUGCGACGACACACCCUUUGUUCUAUAGUAGGAACACACAAAUCGCGGGAUUCCUGGAACCUAGACGUGGAGCAGACGUUCCUGGUUCCACGCGGCGGCACCAAUAAG